AGUGUUCAUUUUAGACUCCACACACACACACACACAAAGUACAAUAUUUCACUACUUCCUCCACCCCAUCACCAUGGAAUGCAGUAAUCACAAAACCACCACUACAAUUUCUUCAAUAACUUCAUCAUCUUCAUUUUCUAAUACUUUAUCUGCCACUACAACAAAUGGAUUAUCUCCCAUAAACAGCAUAUUAUCAACUCCUCCUAAUUCACCACCGCCAGUUAUUCUUUCUCCCUGUGCUGCCUGUAAAAUCUUGCGUAGGAGAUGUGUUGAGAAAUGUGUGUUGGCACCUUAUUUUCCUCCUACUGAACCCCUUAAGUUCACCAUUGCUCAUAGAGUCUUUGGUGCUAGUAACAUCAUCAAAAUGUUGCAGGAGCUUCCGGAGGAACAAAGAGCAGAUGCAGUGAACACUAUGGUGUAUGAGGCAAAUGCGAGAAUAAGAGAUCCAGUUUAUGGCUGUGCUGGUGCUAUUUGCCAAUUGCAAAAGCAAAUAAGUGAGCUUCAAGCAGAAUUUGCAAAGGCACAAGCAGAAAUCUUGAAUUUGAAAUGCCAAAAUUCUAAUUUACUGGCCUUAGUUUGCAUGGAAGUAUCAGAGUAUCAAGAAAAUAGCAGCAGCAACAACUUAUUAUCUUCAGAUCAUAUUAAUGACUAUGGAAAUAAUACCGGCAUGUUUUUGGAAGAUAACAGUGUAUAUGCAGCUUGGGAACCACUUUGGACAUGAUUAAAUAAUGUUUGGUCAACGCUUCUACUAAAAAGUUUAUUUAGAAAUAUUUUAGAAUUGUCCCCCAAGAAAAAGGGGUAGAAAAAGUUAGUGACAUACUUUAAAUUUUAAUAAAUAUAUGUAAUAUCAAGUAAUAGGAAUUUGAAGAAAUCAGAUGUAAUUCAUGAGAGACCUACUUUAGUUUUUAUUUGAAGAAGAAAUAUAGACGGAUGUUACUACUUUAAUUUCUUUAU